CCUGACUGCAUAAAAAGCAUAUUAUUGAUAAAUGAUGUUAACAGACACUGGUGGAUCUCCAGUCACGUUCUGUCCCGAUAAAGAGGGAGCAGCUGAACACAAGACACGCCUGGCACUACUGAUUAACUAGAGGACCUCCAUCAGUGAUGACUCCAGCAUUCCUCUCCCUCCUCUUUCUUUCGAUGGCGGUCAUUUCUCUGAAUGCACCUAUCGAUGGAGAUCAAAGUGAGAAGGAGCUACACUUUGGGAAUAUUUCACCUCGCUUGCGCAGGAAUGCAGAUCCAUGCACAUACACUCACUGCAAGUGGCCAGGUGGACACUACAUCAUUGUGCCCUUUAAGAUCUCCGCUUCAUAUACUUCAGCAGAGCAUGAAAGCAUCACCAGAGGACUGUUGUCUUUCCAUGAGUCCACCUGCAUUCGCUUUGUUCCAAAGACUUUGAAUGACAUGGAUUACCUUUACUUCUUUUCUGGAGAUAGGUGUUCAUCCAAAGUGGGCCGUCGGGGAGGGAAACAGGAAAUCUCCCUGAAAAAAUCCCGCUGUUUGAACAUAUCCACUGUACAACAUGAGGUUCUCCAUGCUCUGGGCUUUCGCCACGAGCACUCCCGCUCUGACAGAGACAAGCAUGUCUACAUCCACACUGAAAACAUCAAGCCAGGACACAAACACAACUUCAAGAAGGUGCAGACUAACAACUUGGGAACUACUUAUGACUUUAAGUCCGUCAUGCAGUAUACGAAACACGCCUUCUCCAGAAACCGGAGUCCGACCAUUCUUGCUCGGUCCAGUCAUAAGCUGGACUUUGGAGAUGCCAAACAGAUGAGUGCCAACGACAUCGCCCGUGUAAACAGACUUUACAAGUGCAGUAAGUGAAAAGAUCUGUAAUGAUGGAAAAAACGGGACUACUGACACUGAGCUCUCAACUC